CUUUUUCUUUUUCCUUCUAAGUAAAUCAAAAUCUCUUUCCUUUUUCUUUUCUUCUCUUUUCUUCAUCGCCGAUCUCAGAUCUCUCUCCCGGAACCCUAGAAACCGCCAUGGAUACACCAGCUACGAAGCUCCGGAUAAUGUGCAGCUAUGGCGGCCACAUAGUCCCCCGCCCCCGCACCAAGUCCCUCUGCUACGCCGGCGGCGACACCAGAAUCGUCUCCCUCAACCCUCUCAACACCACCACUCUCUCUUCGCUCGUCUCUCAUCUCAGUUCAAGCCUCUCGAUCCCCGCGCCGUUCUCUCUCAAGUACCAGCUCCCCAACCACGACCUCGACUCCCUCAUCUCUCUCCUCACCGACGACGACCUCCUCAUCAUGCUUGACGAGCUCCAACGCCUUUCUUCAUCUUCCUCGUCUUCUUCGUCGCGAAUCAGACUUUUUGUGUUCUCGGCGAAGGCGGAGACGAAGACCGCUCAGUCGGUGAUUCAGCACCCGAAGACGGAGGCCUGGUUCGUCGACGCGCUGAAGAGCGCCAAGAUUAUGCAGAAGGGGAGGAAUUGCCUGCUAGGGCUUGAGGGCGAGGCUCAGAGCGAGGAUUUGAUUGGGAAUGGGAUUGGUUCUUCUUCUAUGGCGGAGUCGAUGGUGUUGGAGACUAGCUCGUCGUUUGGGUCAACGUCUUCUUCAACUUCUUUGACUAAUUUGGCUCCGGUCAAGUCUAAUGUUGAGGAAGGUACUACUGGAGUGCAGGAUUGCAAGGUCAAAUUUAUUUCUUCUGACGCUAUUGCAAGCGAAAGUAGUGUUCCAACUGUCACUUAUUGCCCGCAAACUGGAGCUUAUCAAGACCCUGCUAAUGCCGUUCAUCAUGCUGCUUCAACGGAUAGGGUUUGUUCCAACCUCGGUGAAUUGGAUAUUAAAGGGUCUGAUGCUUUCUCUGGGAUUCAGGUGCAUAAUACAGUUAUGGCCUCCACGUAUCCUUUGGAACAGGUGCAGCAACAGAAGGCGCAAUGCGUUCAAUUGGAUUCGCCUUACAUACCACAGAAUACUCCAGGCUUCGUUCCAAUUUCAUCAUUUUAUCCACUAUAUCACACACAGAUGCCUCAGCAACAGCUUAUGCAAUUCCAAUAUCAGCCCAAUCAGCCGCAGCCCGUUUACUUAUUGCCAGUUGCACCGACUCAAGCCUACAAUUUGCCUGGGUAUGCUGGUUUUAUCGAAAAUCCAGCUAUGACUUCGAGUCAAACUCCGGUGCUCCUGAAUCCGUCGUAUGUACCUCCCCCACAAGUUGUUCAGAAUGAGCCCUCACAAACUGAUAUAUCGCCUAAUUUAGCCUCACAUUUUCACAACACAGCCCAUUCUGCAAUACAACUCGUGGCAGCAGCACCGCUACUUCCUGUACCAUAUAAUGAAAAUCAGCAACAAUCAUUGGGUCUUCUUGAGACGCAGCACCAGCCACAGUCUGUUGCGGUCCCUUAUAGAGAAUCUCCUAAACUUAAUAAUGAGCCAGAUGAUGACCCUGCACAUAUUCAAAUAUACAAAUCUCAGCCUCCACCUCCCUCAUGCCCGUCACAGUUCCAAACCAUGAACAAAAAAACAGCGGUGCUGUUGUCGGAGGCAUUGGAUCAUUUGCAUAGACAGUCUUAAGCAACAGAAUAGAACAUCUCAGCCACAAUGAUUUUGUUUCCGACUUGUGAGAUGGAAAAGUUUUGGUAGAGUGUUAUGGUAUUUUCUUACCCUUGUUUGGUUCCUUGUUUUGUAACGACAUAUAUUUUCUAUUUCCAGUAGGCAUAAACAAUUAGUUUCUUCGUCUUACUCUUAGAGGAUUGUUUAUUUUGUCAUUUCCAAAUGUUUCCCUCUAUAGCAGAAAUCAGAGAGCAAUAAUGUAAAAGUUAAUUCUGUGUAAGAGUGUGUUUUAAAAUAUUAUUAUUUUUUAUACCGUGUCUCGAGUGCUUGAAUUACAUCAUUGAUAAGAAGGACGCUGAGUGAGAAGCCAUGCAAGUUUUUUAUUUU